ACGGCAAAGAGAAAACUGUAUUUGUAUCACUAAUCAACUUGUAUUGUUUUCUGGACACUCUAGAGACAAAUUAUCUGUGCAAAGAGUCUGGAGUAAGACCAUGUUUCCUUCACUGUCUAUGAGUGGUCCCGGCGCCUCUUUAUGUGAUGCUGCUACAGUGCGCCCGACCCACGACCUGGACCGGCGAUUGGCUCAUCAUCAUCACGACCAAGCUCCAACCCUUAGGACAAGUGGUCCACCUGAUAGUCUGCAUCAAGGUCAAAGACCUCCUAUGAGGGCGUCGAUGACAGCAAGUCUUUCACUGAGGACAAUCAGUGCAACCGGUCUCCAGCCCUUCCAGAACAUCGCUAUGACCCCUGUGAGCUGCCAGCCAGGUAUUGCCAUGCCUUCACCAAUCCUACAAUACCCCACCGCUCUGUAUCCUACAGCGGCCAUGAACGCUGCCACAGCGUCCAAUGAUCUGAAACAACUCACGCUUGCCCAAUACCACGCCAUGCACCCUCACUCCGCGUUCCCAACAGACCUCUCCAAAUACAAGUCUCCCUUUAUCAAUAGGAAUUACCUGGAGCUAGCCAUGUUGGUAUGUAAUACAUUCCGUGGCAAAUUGUUUCCAUGUCCACAUUGCCGCUACGUCACGGAUAGGCGAAAUAAUCUAAAGCGGCAUGUAUCCACUAUGCACCAAGCGUGUGAGAAGGUCCUUGAAUGCUGUGGAGUGACCUUCACAACCAAGGCGUCUCUUCGGGAACACAUCAUGAUCUUUCACCAUAACGGUUAUUCUUGUCCAUAUUGUGGAAGGCGAUUCUGCCGGAAGGCACUACUGAAGCGACAUCUAUCGGUUCACAGUGGACAAAAGGAUUACUCUUGCCCACAUUGUGACUAUGCUACGAGUCACAAGAGCAAUCUUGAGCGUCAUAAACGUAUCCACGACCGUCUUAAGGCAGGCGAAGAUUGCUCAAUAAUAGAUGUCGAACAAGUGUCCGAACUAUCUGUUGAUGCAUCGUUACAUCCUAGCUGCUUGCACAUGUGUACUGACGAUGAUAGCGACAACGAUGACGAUGAACUCAACGUAACAGACGACACGGACAUCAGCCCGUUUUCGGCUAGUAGCGCAUGUGCACAGGAUAAUUUCAAUGAUAUGAAGAUGAUACAGGGUGACGUCAAUAAGACUGCUCUGAAUCUGUGUACGACAAUGCAUUGAGACUGUUUACCGUAAACAUGUGACAAUCUCAGUUUACAACCUCAGCAAUCACGCAUAGAUUCUAGACUCAAAUUAGUUAUUUGAUCAAUUAUCAAUAAUUCAAAGAUUCAGGUAAUGCUUAGAAGUGUAGGAUUCCAAUACUGAAUACAUUUGUUUGUCAAAUAGUAUUUCCAUUUGCGCAAAAAUCAUACGACGAUUAGAAUUGCAUUUUAAUAUUCACAAGUAUGUCACUCAGAUAGAUAAAAGUGUUGAUGAGCCGUAACGUAUCAGCACGUGAAUUAACGUAUCAUACGAGCACACAUGUUGUAGACAUUUUGUUGUUAGUAGUUGACGAUAUGAUGUUGUUAUUUAUUUCCACAAUCUGAUCUGAAUCAAGUUCUGUACAUAACACCAAAAUAUUGCCAUUCGUCUACGUUCACAAGUUAGUUUCCUAUUAAUUAUGAUGUCACAUGUAACAUUCUCGUUAAUUAUUUGUCCUAGCUGUUAGAUGUGUAUUGUUAUUUCUAGAUUCACUGUUUAAAAUAAAUUA